CGUGGUGUAGCCAGCCUAUUAAAAUAGGUAGAGAAAGCCUGUUGCAAAUCUGGCUUAUUUCCGCCAGUCCUAUCAACACCUAGAGCACAGCUCUCUCCUGGAACUUGAUGCAGAAGGUGGCUCUUUGCUGGGGACAGACAAGGAUUGAACUAGAGGAGAAGUACAGAGCACAGCCAUGAAUAUUCUCUUGGAUCUGCUCCUACUUCUGCUCACCAUCAUCUACUCCUACUUGGAAGCAUUGGUGAAAGUCUUCAUUCCCCAAAGAAGAAAAUCUGUGGCUGGGGAGAUUGUCCUCAUUACUGGAGCCGGGCAUGGAAUAGGCAGGUCGACGGCCUAUGAAUUUGCAAAACGGAAGAGCAGACUAAUUCUGUGGGAUAUUAAUAAGCACAGUGUUGAGGAAACAGCAGCUGAGUGCAGAAAACUGGGGGCCACCGCUCAUGCGUUUGUGGUAGACUGCAGUAACCGAGAGGACAUUUAUAACUCCAUAAAGCAGGUAAAGAAAGAAGUGGGAGAUGUAACCAUCUUGGUGAAUAAUGCUGGGACUGUUUUUCCAGCUGACCUUCUGAGUACCAAGGAUGAAGAAAUUAGCAAAACUUUUGAGGUCAACAUCCUAGGACAUUUUUGGAUCACAAAAGCACUUCUUCCGUCAAUGAUGAAAAGAAAUCAUGGCCACAUCGUCACAGUGGCUUCAAUGUGUGGCCACGGAGUGAUUCCAUACCUUAUUCCAUAUUGUUCCAGCAAAUUUGCUGCUGUUGGCUUCCACAGAGCUCUGACAUUGGAACUUAAAGCCUUGGGGAAAACUGGGAUCAAAACCUCGUGUCUCUGCCCAGUUUUUGUGAAUACUGGGUUCACCAAAAACCCAAGCACAAGACUGUGGCCUAUAUUGGAGACAGAUGCGGUUGCAAGAAGCUUGAUAGAUGGAAUACUUACCAAUAAGAAAAUGAUUUUUGUUCCGUCUUAUAUCAAUAUAUUUCUAACACUAGAGAGAUUUCUUCCUGAACGUGCCGUGGCAGCUAUAAGUCAUUUCCAGGAUUUUCAAUUUGAAGCAGUGAUUGGACACAAAACCAAAGGGAAAUGAAUAAGUGCGCUCCAGCCAGAAGUGCACCUGAAUGAUAUAAAUCUAAGUUUAGAAUCAAUGCUUCAAAGCUUUAUUUCACAUUUUUCAACAAUGUUAAUAUGAAAAACAUUGGUUUGACAUUAGCAGCAGUCAAAUGAACAAGACUAAUUACCUGUCUUUCUCAAAGCAUAUUAUUUUAGUUUUAACAGUCAGAUCCAUUUUUCAUUCUUAAAAACUUCUAUGCUUUCAUAAACAUACUUAAAACGCCGUUUUUCUUUAAAAGAUUUUUUUAUGCUUACAGGGGAAAAAAGCUAACUCUCUGAAAGUAAAUAUGAGGAGAACUUAUUUACACAGGGAAGUUUGAAGACCUUGUCAACAUGUACACAGUGUGAUCUAGUGCUUAGAAACAAGGUUAAGCGGACAACUAUGCUCCAAAGGACAGAGAGGUUACUUCUGUGAAAUUCAACAUUUGGAUCUUUCUCUAGCUUCUCUUUUUUUCUUCAGCCCAAAACAGUGCAACCGUAUUCUAUAGUUUCUUGCUUAAUUCUGUCCUUUGUACCAGUCUUAUAUCCACUAAGAGUGGACCUUCCAUACUUUCUGCCUUUUUCAUUACUUCUUUAAAUACUAUGUCAUUACAAAAGGUGACCCUUUCUUGAACCUCUGAAUAUCUGAAAUUUUAACCUCAUAAUACCUCUUUCUUUAUAGUUUAUGCUUUCACAUAUCAUUGGGACCAGAGAUGUUUAGAUAGUUUUGACCUUCAACGUGAAAACUAACACAGAAAAAGGAAUUAGGCUGACUACCUAAUACUAGAUGAUGGAUCUGAGAGGAGAAAGAGAAAACAGAGUGGUCUCUUUUUUUUAAUAGCGAAGAAAUUUGAUUCCCACCGCAUCAAGACUGAUCUUGCUUUUGUGUUUUUCUCAUAUGUAAUAAACUGUUUUUACAUCAA